CAAAUGUUUGGUGCGAGAGUGUGUGCGAGAACGAGGAUUGCUCCUGUUUUCCUUUGACUACAAACUUUGUGAUAUUGUGGUGCAAAUUUAAACAGAUUUAAGUGUAUAGUUUGGUACAUAGUAGUGAAAGUAGCCUUAGUUUUAUUAAGUAAAGUAUAUGAGGAUAAAAAUGGCAGAGGCAGACACUUCAAAAGAUCAGUUGGAGGAAGAAGAGGAAGAGGAUGGGCCAAUGGAAAUAGAAAAAAGAAAGAAGAUAUUUUCAAAAGAAUUACGGUGCAUGAUGUAUGGGUUUGGAGAUGACCAAAAUCCUUAUCAAGAAUCUGUUGACUUGCUGGAAGAUUUGGUGAUAGACUACAUCACAGAGAUGACAAAGAAAGCAAUGGAAUGUGGAAGACCAGGAAGAAUUCUUGUAGAAGACAUUAUUUUCCUCAUUAGAAAAGACCCAAAGAAAUAUUCAAGAGUAAAAGAACUAUUAACAAUGAAUGAAGAAUUAAGAAAAGCAAGGAAAGCAUUUGAUGAGAUUAAGUAUGUGAGUAAGUGAAAGAUAGGCAACUCUUGUGCUUCACUCAGGAGUAAAGUGAUUUUGACUGGAGGUUGGAUUUGAUGAGGAAGUUGAGCUAGAAUCACUUGAUCUUGGACAAAGGUGGCGGAGAAGUACAGGAUUUGUUAUUAUGGAAAGAUGUGAUAUGAAAUUAAUGGCCAUCUUGCUUAUUUCACCUCUGUGUCUCUACCAGACAGACACAUUAGUCGAGUAUAUUGGGACUAAAACUGGCAUAUCAAACUGUUGACCGAUAAAUAUUAAUAAUGUUUGUAUAUAUUUUUUAAAUAAGUGUCAGUUUAAUUCUUCUUCAAAUGUCAGGCCUUGUUGCAAAGGCAUUAAGGCUGUCAGUGUGUGAUGUUCAUAAUUUAACAUUACAGUAAUGAAGAAGAAACUCUUUUCCUUUUUAACAUUGAAAAAACUGGUGGAGAUUGAUCUCAGUACAUCUAAAAUUGUUUUGAAUAAACAGGUUUAGUCGA